AUGUCGCUCCUGGUGUUCAUACGAGUUCGCCUCAUACUCAGCAGUCACAUCCACCAGCCCCAGUUUAUACCGAUGGUGGUCAGUUCAGUGGUGAAGCGAACGGAGAGGAACCUUUCACGUGAGUGGAAAUUAAACCGUUUUAGGGGCGAUGCGAAAGAAUUCGGUUUUGAACCGAAACGAAAUGUAAAAAUCCCGAUACAUGAACGUCCGUACAAGUGUCCACGAGAUGACUGUGAUCGACGCUUUUCACGAAGUGAUGAAUUGACCAGACAUAUUCGAAUACACACUGGGCAGAAACCGUUUCAGUGUCGGAUCUGUUUGCGGGCGUUUUCGCGAUCGGAUCACUUAACCACGCACGUUCGUACGCACACUGGAGAAAAGCCCUUCUCAUGUGACGUAUGUGGUCGAAAGUUUGCACGAAGUGAUGAACGCAAACGCCACACAAAGGUAACUACCGGCAUGAUCCUCUACUACAUUACUACUUCCUCAACUCACUACUAUUUAGGUCCACGCCAAGUCAAAAUCGCGUCGACCGAGCUUCUCAUCCGGAUUUUGUGGUCCAGCAUCCGGGGACUCUAG